AUGCCCAAACUGCAAGCUGCCACAGUAUCCAACAAGGUUGUGCGCAAAAGAAAGAGAAAGAGUCAGGAUGGACAAGACCAAGUAGAAACCGAGCCUGAAGGUACCCAAGAUUCAGCCGCAAGCACGACAACAGUCCCGACCAAAACACAAGAUGGAGGCAAGAAACCAAGGCGGACACCCAAAGCCAAAGGUGCAGCACCUAGUCUGUCCAGAAAAGGAUCUUCCAUGGUAGAGACGACGAUACCCUGGCCCGAGGAGCUCACAAAGUUAUCUCAAGUUCACCGAGCUCUCAAUCUGGUCUACACCUUCUGUUGCACGCGCAAACAUCUGGCUACCACUUUUGAGACUAUAAGGACCACCGUCGAGUCACACAUUGGCCGCGAACUUUCCAUACAAGAUGUCGCCAAGAUCAAGGCCCUCAUACCGCGUUCCAUCAACUUUGCAUACAUUGACGAGGAUCUACUGCAGGUAAAUCUCAUGGGCGAACAAGAAAACUCGAAGAAUAAGAGAUUCGAAGGUUACAUGGCCUCGGAACCAACAGAAGACAAGCAAGAGAAAGGGAACAAGGAGGUACUGUUGUUCGAGUACAUUGACGGGGACCUGAAGCGUCAAGUACAGCAUACAAAGACUGGAGAGCCCACAAAGGCAACGCGGAAGCUGAAAGAUGAAGACCUCAAGAUGCCCGUCUACAGCCAGAAGCAGAUGAUGAACUUGAUCGAGAAGAGGAACAAUAAAUUCACCUCUGCGGUGAAUGCCUGGCUGAACGAUUGCGACGCAGAAGGCGUGAAUCCGGUAGAGAAACUGGAUAUCGAGCACAACUUGAACAUACCCGCGCCUUCGGAAAGUAGAGGAAACACACCCACCCCGGAGAAGCGAAGAGCUUUGCUGCCAAAAUCCAUCCCGGACGAACGCAAGACUAUUCCGGAGAUUGUGUCCGAGAUCAAGACUCUGGAGUGGUAUACUGGCCAAAUAGUGCCGGAUGGUCACCGCGUGUUUGACCCUCAGCCGGCCAUCUAUGGCGACUUGAACUUUGAGUUAUCCCAAACUCUUGUCAACGCACUGUACAACACUCGUGGGAUCACUCAACUAUACUCCCAUCAAGCCGAGGCUAUCAACAAUCUAUAUGACGGCCACAACGUGAUUGUAUCAACGUCAACGAGUUCUGGCAAGUCUUUGAUCUACCAGAUACCUGUUCUCCAUGAACUGGAGAAGAACAAUCAGGCCAGAGCCAUGUAUAUCUUCCCAACCAAGGCUCUUGCUCAAGACCAGCGACGCAGUUUAAAGGACCUGUUACAAUACAUGGAUGGACUGCAAGAUCUUGUCGUCGAGACUUUCGAUGGUGAUACACAAAUGUGCGACCGAAACCUCAUCCGAGAUGAAGGAAGCAUUAUCUUUACCAACCCUGAUAUGCUGCACAUCACCAUUCUCCCACAAGAGGAAGCCUGGAGAACCUUUCUUCAGAAUCUACGCUUUGUGGUUGUUGAUGAACUCCACGUCUACAAUGGUUUGUUUGGAGCCCAUGUAGCUCUAAUCAUGAGACGUCUGCGUAGAAUUUGUGCUGCUGUGGGAAACCGCCACAUCAAGUUCAUCUCUUGCUCUGCUACAGUCGCUAACCCUGAAGAGCACAUGAAGACUAUCUUUGGUGUCGAGCAAGUCAAACUUACAGAUUUCGACGGUUCGCCUUCCGGCAGGAAAGAGUUUCUCUGCUGGAACACGCCUUUCAAAGAUCCUGCAGACCCGACUUCUGGUAGAGGUGACGCGUUGGCGGAAGCUGCGAAACUUUUCUGUCAACUUAUCCUUCGAGGUGUUCGUGUGAUUGCGUUUUGUAGGGUGCGAAAACAAUGCGAAGCAUUGAUAGGAGCUGUCAAGAACGAACUGGCGUAUCUGGAUAAACAGGAAGUCAUGGCAAGAGUCAUGUCCUAUCGAGGCGGCUACGCUCCUCAAGAUCGACGAAAGAUUGAAAAGGAGAUGUUUGACGGCAAACUUGUCGGUAUCGUGGCGACCAGUGCGCUGGAGCUGGGCAUUGAUAUCGGAUCUCUCGAUGCGGUCAUGACUUGCGGGUUCCCCUAUACGAUCGCCAACCUUCGUCAGCAAAGCGGUCGAGCUGGUCGCAGAAACAAGGACUCGAUGUCUAUACUUGUUGGAGACGCCUUUCCAACCGAUCAGCAUUACAUGCAAAACCCAGACGAAAUCUUCACGAAGCCCAACUGUCAACUACAGGUCGAUCUAGAGAACAUGCUUGUACUCGAGGGACAUGUGCAGUGUGCGGCCAACGAGAUGCCCGUUCAGCCCAAAGGGGAUGAAGUUUAUUUCGGCAAACUCUUGACCGAUAUUGCAGAGAACAGAAUGAGAAAGGACGAACUUGGCUUCUUCCACACGGCUGAUCGGUUCCUUCCUCGACCAUCGACUUUUGUGGCAAUUCGCGACACUGAAGAAGAUCACUUUGCUAUUGUUGACAUCACGCAUGGGCGCAACGUCGUACUUGAAGAGCUCGAGGCCUCGCGUGCAUUCUUUACGAUCUAUGAAGGAGGCAUAUAUCUGCAUCAAGGUAACAAGUACCUGGUCAAAGAAAUGUCAACAGAUAGGAUGAUGGCUCGCGUCGAGUUUGUGCGAGUAGAAUGGACGACCCAACAACGUGACUUUACCGAUAUCGACCCCAUCGAGACAGAAGCAAUCCGCAAGAUCUCCAAAUCGCUGUCAAGAGCAUACUACGGCACCAUCAGAAUCACGCAAGUGGUGUUUGGGUUCUUUAAGGUGGAUGCAAAGCGCCGCAUCUUGGACGCAGUGGAAGUCGACAACCCACCCAUCACGAUUUUUAGCAAAGGCAUGUGGCUAGAUGUGCCGCGUCGCGCGCUGCAGAUCCUCGAGUCAAGGCGACUGAAUAUGGCAGGAGCCAUCCACGCAGCCGAACACGCUUUGCUCUCGCUCAUGCCAAACUUUGUCAUCAGCAUGCCUGGCGACGUCAAGACCGAAUGCAAAAACGCAAUCAAAGAGUUUCAGGCNAGAGAGAACAGUCGCAAGCGACCUGCACGUUUGACUUUCUAUGAUGCGAAAGGCGGUGCUGCGGGCUCGGGCAUCAGCACCAAAGCCUUUGAGUUCGUAGAUCGCUUGCUCGUGCAGGCUUGCGAUCGAGUGGGUGCCUGUCAUUGCGAUGAGGGGUGUCUUGAAUGCUGCUGCUCGGAACAAUGCAAAGAGGCAAAUUCUGUAAUGAGCAAAGCGGGCGCCGAAGUCAUCCUCAAGUCGCUGUUGAACAGAGAGAUUGAUGUUGAUGCGCUGCCAUGGGGUCCUGAGGAUGAGAAGACGCCUGCAGGUGUCGAAACUGUAGUGUUUGCCAAUGAAAUCGCACCGGGACGGGGUAAAAGGUUUGGAGACGUCAUUAUCAAGACCGAGGACGGAGAAGAGGAAGGCAUCGUUAUCAUUAAAGAUGAGCCUGAGGACUGA